AUGGUCUCCGUGGUCGCCCUGGUAACUGUCGCUUCCAAGCUCAAAACAGGGUCAGUGUUCUCUCCUUUGUCUUUGUGUCCAGGUCACAGUUCCCUGAAGUCACCCUCGGGAAUGCCUUCUCCUCCUGAUAACUUUGUAUGGAAUCUGACCUGGACAAUGAAAGACUCCUUCCCUUUCCUGUCCCACCGCAGCCGAUACGGUCUGGAAUGCAGCUUUGACUUCCCCUGUGAGCUGGAAUAUUCUCCUCCCCUCCACAACCAUGGGAACCAGAGUUGGUCCUGGCGUCGUGUGCCCUCUGAGGAGGCCUCGCAGAUGGACUUGUUGGAUGGGCCAGAGGCAGACCGCUCGAAGGAGACACCCAGAGGCUCCUUCCUCCUGCUGAACACCUCUGCAGACUCCAAGCACACCAUUCUGAGCCCGUGGAUGAGGAGCAGCAGUGAGCAUUGUACGCUCUCUGUCUCAGUGCACAGACAUCUCCAGCCCUCCGGGAGAUACGUGGCCCAGUUACUGCCGCACAAUGAAGCUGGACGAGAGAUCCUCCUGGUGCCCACUCCAGGGAAGCAUGGCUGGACCGUGCUGCAUGGAAGAAUCGGGCGUCCAGAGAACCCAUUUCGAGUGGCCCUAGAAUACAUCUCCAGUGGAAACCACAGCUUGUCUGCAGUGGACUUCUUUGCCCUGAAGAACUGCAGUGAAGGAACAUCCCCAGGCUCCAAGAUGGCCUUGCAGAGUUCCUUCACUUGUUGGAAUAAGACAGUCCUCCAGCUCGGACAAGCCUGUGACUUCCACCACGACUGUGCCCAAGGAGAAGAUGAGGGCCAGCUAUGCAGUAAACUUCCUGCUGGCUUUUACUGUAACUUCGAGGAUGGCUUCUGUGGCUGGACCCAAGGUCCACUUUCACCCCAUAUGCCCCGGUGGCAAGUGAGGACCCUCAAGAAUGCCCAUUUCCAGGACUACCAAGGUCAAGCCCUAUUGCUCAGCACCACUGACGUUUCCACUUCUGAAAGUGCAACUGUGACCAGUGCUACAUUCCCUGCACCAAUGAAGAACUCUCCAUGUGAGGCAAGUGUCUGGAUUCCUCUAAGUCCCUGACUUCUCCUCCCAUCCCUCGGUCACUUCCAGGUGAUUCAAAACAGAUAAAGAAAGUAGCGCCUGAAUAUCUGGGAAGACAGGAGAACUGUUUCUGCCAUGUUUUGUGUACAUUCCACCUACCCACACGGUGAAGACCCAUCAGCAGGGAGUCUCACCUUAAAUGCCCAUCCAUAGGUAGCUGCACCACACUUUUUGCAGCAGGACCUUGAUUUAAGCAAACCCAGGAAAAUAUUUCUUAUUAUAGGCACAAUAGGGAAGAGUAAUAGGAUUUACAAGUCUUUCUUUAAAAAUCUUGUUUCAAAAUAUCAAGUUCUUUUAAUACA